UAUUUGUAAUUAAGACUUAUUUCAUGUUUAUUCGAAAAUAAUCGAAUUUUUUUUAUAGGAGAGAGGAUAACGCUGAACCAGAUGGUCAGCGAAAUACAGAAUAUCCCAUAAACAUUGACAAAAAUUUGCAUGAAACAAAGUGUCUCCCCGUAAAAAAAAAGGAUUCACAGUUCCAUGACAAGAAGUAAAAGAAAACAGAAAAAUUUAUAGAAUUCUGUAGAAACGUAUUCUAUAAAUUCUAUUGUUGUCGCUGUAAUUCAGCAGAAAUUUCCGAUUCGCAGAGGCGCGAAUUGAAUAAAGGACGAAAAGCGUGGACAACCAUAUCGAGCCAUCCGCACAUCGUCUCUUUAAUAUGUUUUUUCAAAACAAAUACUAGUUUCUGUUUCGUCUGCGACUUUGUGGACGGACAGGAUAUAACUCAUAAUUUAGAAAAUGACGGACCCUUCGAAGAAGCCCGAGUCAAAAUGAUCGGUGCUCAAGUGGCUUCGGCCAUAAUGUAUAUUCAUAAUCGAGGAAUCAUUCACAGAUAUAUCGGGUCGAAUAACGUCAUGCUAGAUAAGUCGAAAGGAGCGCAACUGAUUGAUUUCGGUCUCUGCACAUAUGAACAAAAUCCGAAACAAUUUUGCGGCACUUUCUUCUAUCUUUGUCCAGAAAUCCUUGAGGAAAAACCGUAUGAUGCUUACUGCGAUUGGUGGGCAUUCGGAAUUCUCUUAUACCAAAUGUUCAUCGAAAAAACACCGAUGGAGAUGUAUUUAGAAAAAGUCCCGAAUAUUGACAAUGUGUCCUUUAUGGAGAUAAUAAAAAUCGCUCAAAACGUCCGGGUGCAGUAUUUUUUGCAUCUCUCAAUAAAUGCAAUGGACGUAAUCGACGAUUUACUGGAAAAAGUAAGAUGA